AUGUCUCUCAAAGCCGAGCUCGAGGCCUGGGCCUCCGCGCUCCAGGCUUACGACGCAGAGGACUUCGAGAAGAGCUUGGAGCUCUUCUCCACCAUCGCCGACUCCUCCAAGAUCCUCACCAACAUCGGCCUCAUCUAUGCCACCCUCGGCGAGCACGAGGCUGCCGUCGAGCAGUUUGUCGCAGCCACCGAGCUCGAUCAAUAUCUCGCUGUUGCCUACUUCCAGUGCGGCGUCUCCAACUUCCUCCUCCAACGUUACGACACCGCCUUCAACGAUUUCUCGUCUGCUCUCCUGUACCUGCGCGGCAACCAAUUCAUCAACUACGAGCAACUCGGCCUCAAGUUCAAGCUCUAUUCUGCCGAGGUUCUCUUCAACCGUGGUCUCACCCACAUUUACAUCGGCAACCCCCAGGAUGGUCUCGCCGACAUGGAGGACGCACGCCGUGAAAAGGCGACAGAGGAGCACAACGUGAUCGACGAUGCCAUCCAGGACCGUGGCGAUGGUUACACCGUCUUCUCCAUUCCUGUCGGUGUCCUCUAUCGUCCCGCGCAGAAGAAGAUCGAUAACUCCAAGGCCCGUGACUUCCUCGGGAAAGCUAAGCUUGUCGCCGCGGAGUCCACCAACGACCUCUUCACGGAGUUCACCGGUGUUGCCCGUCUCAAGCAGGGCAUCACUCCCACUGGUGUCUUCGUCGAGGACGGCCCCGCGUCUGGGCUCAGCCGUGCCGCCACUGUCGCCGCGCCCUCCGUCAGCGUACCCAAGCCUGUGAACGGCGACGACCCAACGAGGCCGCCCCCCACUGCUCUUCAGCGCGCGAAGACGACGAUCGCGGUCCCUACCGAUGCUCGCGAGCGUAUCCGCGGCGCCGCUAACGCCCCUUCACCCGCUACCCCGCCCAAGACGUCUCCUACCGGCCCCACUGGUCCCAGCCUCGCCCGCAGUGCCACGUCUGGCGGUAUGGGCCGUGGCGGCCCCGCCGGUGGUCUGAACGGACCCACACGCGGGCUCAGCGUCCGCAAGGGCGGCUCGCCCACCGGACCGAACGGACCCGCGCCGCCGAUGCAGGGCGGUGGCGGGAACCAGCGGAUGACGGAGUUCUACGACGACUACCUCGAAGGCUACGGCGGUGCCGAUGACGCGCCCCCAGACGUGCCGCCGCUCCCCCCGACCGAGGGACGUGUCGCGAACUGGGCAAAGGGUGUCGGGCGCGCACCGUCGAAGCUCGGCGGGCCGCCGAGCAGCUACGGAGGCAGCAUGGCGUCCGGCGGGAGCAUGCGGCGGAAGCUCACACGGCGCGGGACGAGCCGGACGGUGGGCUCGCGCUCGGGCGCGAGCUUCUACGGCGGGUACGAGGAGGAGGAGGAAGGGUACGUCUCGGGCGAGUACGAGGACUUCUUCGAGAUGGUCAAGAUCCGCGUCAAGCUCUACUACCGCGAAGAGGUGCGCGGGAUGGCGCUCCUGCCCGAAACGCCUUUCGAGGACUUCGUGGACAUGGUCAGCCGCAAGUUCGGCGUCGUCGUCGGCGCCAUCGGCAUGAAGUUCAAGGACGAGGACGGCGGCAAGGUCACGCUCCGGGACGACAUGGACUACGAGCUCGCGAUCGAGACGGCGCGGCACAGCGCGAAGGGCCGGCCUGAGGGCCGCCUAGAGAUCUGGUGCAUGGAUGAGUGA